CUCGGGCCAAAGGAACUCGGACAUUGAGUCAAUAUUGUCUUUAAUCCUUCGCAGGAACCUGGGAGAAGGUCAGAACUCUUCGCUCCAGCUCAUCAGAGAGCCUGCAGCCCAGAGGUGUCCUGAAAUAGAAAUGGAAGUGUUUACAGAUUGCACAGACAGCCAGUCACCUAGGAGACGACGUAUGAGAGACGAGACCCUCGAUAGGGAGCAGAUCAGCUCUCUCCAGAGACACCACUGGUCAGCUGCUACAGUAAAGGUGCUCUCCUCGAUGCCAAGUCGCACUGCUGGGCUAAAAAGUGCAGCAGUCACUUCCCGACAAGACAGAGGCUCAUCUCAGCUAUGCAGACCCCAGCCAGCAUCACAUCAUCACACCUCAAGACCAGUUCAGGAAGACUUCAUCCAGGAGGAGAUCAGCACUGAAGAUGCAGUAGAUGAUCUGACUGGUUCUAACUUUUGGUUCAUUGAGGACAAUAAGGAGCAGUUGGUAGCCAACCUCCAAGGCUUCUCAGUGAGUGAUGGCAUGUGCAAACUGCGAGCCAUGCCGCUAAGCCUGGCAGAUAAGAUGGAAAUCAGGCGACUUGCUUUCACUACUGUGGCUGAAAGUUCACUCAUCAGCAGGAAUAUUCCAUGUUACCGCCAUCUAAGUGUGUGCAUUUCGAGGACCUGGCGCCACUGCCUGUUUAGCUGCCUCCCUGUCCUCAGCUCCCUCCAGUUGUGGAAUUCACCCAUGAAGAGACUGUGCGGCCGUUACGGAACUGGAGUGCUCUCUUACUUCCUCUUUCUCCGAACCCUCCUCUUGUUCAACCUCCUCCUCUUUGUCAUCACUGGCCUGUUCCUGAUCUUCCCUCAAGCCAUCCAUCCUCCUCCUCCUCAUGACUCUCGUCUCGACACUUUCACCGGCCUUGAGCUUCUCACAGGCAUGGGUUACCUUUCUCAUAGCUUGAUGUUUUAUGGCUACUACUCCAACACCAUCAUCAAAACUUGUCGAGCUCCUGACUCAAAACCUAGCUCUACUGGUUAUCAGCCGCAAUGCAACAAUGAUGUGACUCAGGUGGUGCCGUACAGCAUAGCUGCAGCUUAUUUCUUUACCAUCGUCAUCGCAUUCUUCAUUAUCUGCAUCAUCCUAGUAUACAGCAUGUCCAAGUCCUUUGGAAGAAGUUUUCAAGUCCUCAAGUCUAACAGGAAUCUGGCAACACAAGUUUUCUGCUCCUGGGAUUUUAAAGUCAGCAAAACAACAUCUGUGAGACUUCAAUCUGAGAAAAUCAGCACUCAGCUCAAAGAGCAGCUGUCCGAAAUGAUCCGUGGAGAAGACAAAAAGAGCUGCAUUCAGCAACUCUGCCGACUUGUAGUCCACAUGACAGCCUGGGUCACAAGUCUGUCCAGCAUUGUCCUGAGUGCCUCCGGAGUCCACUACCUGUCAGAGGUCACCAUUCGCCAUUGUCUUCUCAGAGAGGCUGAGCUGCUGCUCCUGUCAGCAGUAGUGUCAGGAAUUAAUCUGUUACUCCCUAGCCUCUUCAACUUGUGUGCUUGGGUAGAGAAGUAUGAUUCACCUGGUGCUCGAGUCUAUGUCUCCAUCUUCAGGAACCUGUUGUUGAAGGUCAGUAUUGUUGGAGUGUUGUGCUACCGCUGGCUGGGGAAAAUUGCUGUGGAACCAGAAAAGCAAGGUUUACAGUGUUGGGAGAGUUUUGUGGGGCAAGAACUCUAUCGACUGCUCCUGAUGGACUUUAUAUUUACUGCUCUUUACACAUUUUGGGGAGAGUUUGUAUGGAGGCUCUUCUCUGAAAAAAGGCUCAAAAGGAAGAGGAAACCAGUGUUUGACAUUGCCCGAAAUGUGUUGGAGCUCAUAUAUGGACAAACUCUUACUUGGCUUGGAGUGCUGUUUGCUCCACUGCUCCCUGCCGUCCAAAUCAUAAAGCUGUUUGUGCUGUUUUACAUGAAGAAGGCCAGUCUGACAGCCAAUUGUCAGGCCUCUAAAAAGCCCUGGAGGGCCACUCAAAUGACAACACUGUUCAUCUUUCUUUUGUGCUUCCCCUCAUUUAUUGGUGCUGCCGUGUCUGUCACUUAUACAGUUUGGACGAUUAGACCUUCCUCAGGGUGCGGUCCGUUCAGGAAUCUCACCACCAUGACCGAGUCAGGGUACCUGUGGGACAAGGAGCUGAAGAACGCUCAUCCAGUCCUGUCUUGGCUCAGCUGGGUCUACAACUCUCUGAUAGAGAAUCCACUGGUCCUAUUCCUCGCCACUGGAGUCCUGCUAAUGGUGAUAUACCUUCACUCUGAACUCGUUGAUGGACAAAAGAAAAUCAUCAGUCGGUUGGAAAAGCAACUUGAAAAUGAGGGUAAGGAUAAAAAGUUCCUCAUCUCGAAACUACAAGAAAUUCAUGAAUAAAAUAGUCCUCAUGGAUAAGUUUGGCGCUAAACAGCAUUGACAGGUGUAGUGUUGACAAGAAAACAUCUCACAAGUAUGUGGACUUUGAUGUUAUAUCAUCAAUUCUUGGAAGAUUGCCAGCAUCAUCUGGACUGUCACUCACAAGCUACAAAGAGAAAAAGCAUAAAUCCAAAAUCAGUAACCAUAAAGUGUGUUCACUUCAAAUAUAUUCCACUAUCGUUGUGACAUUGUUCUGGAAAAAAAUCACUCACUGUUGAUACAAGGCCACUGGUAUUUAUUUAUAGGUAGAGUUCUAACUGUAUGUCAGGGUGUAUAUUUUUGUACUCUGUAUGAAUUUUUGUAGUUAUUCUUUCACUUUGUUAAAGGUGAUAAAUAAUGAACUUGAAUUUAUGAUAUGAAAAGGCAAAAUAAACUUGUUUGAGCACA